GCUGUUCAUUCAUUGAGAUAAUAUUCAAGAAUAUGUGGGGGUGAUUAUAAUACUUCUUAGCGUCAAAAGUUUAUGGUCUGCUGUAACGUAUCCUUUCUCGCUCUACUCAAGAAAACAAAAAAUAAGAACAUAUGAAUGAAUCUAAAAACAAAAGCCAUGACAUAUCAAUAAUUUCGAAGGGAAACGUGUGCUAAAUUCAUCUAGACGUAUGUAGCAAAAUUCCAAAUAGACUGAAGCGUUAGCCUAAGAGAUUGUAAAAUCGGUUAAGUUUGUAGCUCGUAAAUACAGAAAGGUGAGAUAAGGUUAUAAAAAAGUAGUAAAAACGAAGCAGGCGAGGUGAGCAAGUGUUAGCCAACUCUAUUUAUAUGCAAUAAAAGACCGUCUUUCUAAUUGGGUUGCUCAACUCGUAAGUUAAUAAUCAAUAUUCGCCAAUAAUAACGCAGUUAUAUCAAUUACGCAAAGUUUCAUUAUCGAUCAAUUUAUUCUUAGGUAAACACGAAUUACACACGAUGCUGAGUUUGUGGUUCGGAGUUUUGCUAGUACUUUUCAAAAUUGCCAAUGCGAUCAUCGAAGUGAACGUUACUGUUGGCCAGCUAGGAAUAGCCAUGGGAAAAUUGGACAAAUCGAAAUGGAGUCAGAGGCAAUUUCACUCCUUUCAAGGAAUUCCCUUCGCCGAACCACCGAUUGGAAGUCUACGUUUCGCGCCACCAGUGAAGGUGAAUUCUUGGAAGGAUCACUUCCUCGACGCGACGAAUUUCAGAAGCUUUUGUCCCCAAACCAAGCAGCCCGGUUACGACGUUGAUGGUUACGACGAAGAUUGCCUUCAUCUGAACAUCUACGUACCUGUGAGAGAUGGGAAACAGCUUUUGCCAGUUAUGAUUUGGCUUCAUGGUGGAUAUUUUAUGAGCGGACAAGCACUGAGAUUUGAACCACAUUACCUAAUGGAGUCUGAGGUUAUUUUAGUCGUACCGCAAUUCCGACUUGGACCUUUAGGUUUGCUGUGUCUGAGGACAGAAGAGAUUCCAGGCAACGUUCAAUUUCUCGAUCAAGUGAUGGCUAUGGAAUGGGUACGAGACAAUAUCGAGUCGUUUGGCGGUGACAGAAAUAGAGUCACGUUGUCUGGGCAAAGCUCUGGGGCUUACAGCGUUAAUUUACAUCUCUUGAGUCCAUUGUCACAAGGCCUAUUUCAUCGGACUAUCAUGCAAAGUAACUCCGUUUACACACCAGGACUGAUUGACAGAAAUCCCGUCAAAACAGCCAAAGAUAUCGCUGCAGUUUUAAAGUGUAACGUGGAGUCCGUUGAGCGCAUUACCCAGUGUAUGAAAAAUCUUACUGCAAAAUCCAUACUUGAAGGAUUUGACAAAUACAUGAUCGUAAAUUCUGCCAAUGGAGGAGACAACUUGGGGGGGAAUCGUCCCGUUAUACAACGAACUGGGUCGGUCAGAUUUCUGACAGAAGAACCGAGCCUCUUAAUUGAGCAGGGAAAAUACUUGAAACUACCAAUGAUAGGCGGAACAACUAGCCAAGAUGGUAGCUUCAUUGCGUUAGCUCUGUAUGACGGAUUAUCGCGGAUUGGAUUAUUAAAUGAUACCAACUUUCUCAAGUAUAACCUGAUCCCCCUCAGUUUAAAAUUUAUUGGCGUACCAGACGAAACUGGUGUAUUUUCACAAUUACUGAUAGAAAAAUACUUCUCUAACAACGAUUUGGGUGAUUUUUUGAAAAUGGUACCAGGUCUCAUUGACAUUUGCGGCAUGCUGACAUUCAAGGCUGGAAUUUACCGUAUGGUGCAUGAAAAUUCUCGUUUUCAACCAACGUACAUGUACAGCUUUGAUUACCGCGGUAGCCAAACGAGAUUCGGUUACGAAUCAGCUAAAAAAUAUCCAUUCGACGGAGGCGUCGCACACUCUGACGACUACAUGUACCUGUUCCCGUUCCCAGACAACUUUACAGAGGCCGAUACCCGAAUUGCGAAAAGAAUGGUGCAGCUUUGGACCAGCUUUACGAUAAACGGAACUCCUUCUGCCGAUGGUGUGAGUCAAUGGCCAACGAUGUCAACCAGGACUGGACCCUAUCUUAAAAUCGGAACCGAGACGAGGAUUGGCGAUAAUUAUUUUCAUGAAUACACAUCCACGAUUCACAGUAACACAACAUCCCUGGCUGCCAGUCUUGGUCAUUGUUUGUACUAAUUCAAGAUAAAGAAGCAACUGAUACCAUAUGUCUAACGUUAAGGUCAAUGAACGUGGAAAGAACCUCAGUUAUCAUAUGACAAAAUGACAAAA